AUGAUAGCUAGACAGUUGAAAUUUUCACAGAUGAUUGCGGCGUGCGUCGCUACCCUGGCGCAGGCGCAGGCGCCCGAGCGGGAGGCGCGGCUGGUGGCCACGGCCCAGGGCCCCGUACGAGGCUACCGCGCCGCUCAGCAAGACCACUAUGAGUUCUUCGGCAUUCCAUAUGCGACUGCGCCUACAGGACCACAUCGUUUCAAGGAACCUCUUCCUGCACCGGUAUGGCUGGAGACAUUGGAUGCAGUUAACGACUCCAUCAUAUGUCCGCAACAUAAUUUAAUGAAACAAAUAGCACCAAAUAAAGUAAUGCAAGAAGACUGUCUUAUUGUCAACAUUUACGUUCCUGAUACGGACAAUAAAAAUCUUCCAGUGCUUGUCAUAGUUCACGGGGGAGGUUAUCAAGUUGGGUUUGGUAAUUUUAUGACCCCACGAGGCUUAAUGAAAAGUAAAAAAGUGAUUGCAGUGACAUUCAACUAUCGGCUUGGAGUACAUGGGUUCUUGUGUCUUGGCACAAAAGAUGCCCCAGGUAACGCCGGCAUGAAAGAUCAAGUGGCUCUCUUGAGGUGGGUUAAAAAGAACAUUAAAAAAUUUGGCGGAAAUCCUGAUGAUGUCACCAUCACCGGUUCGAGUGCUGGAGGAUCUUCAGUAGAUUUAUUGAUGUUGUCAGAUAUGGCCAAGGGGCUUUUCAAUAAAGUCAUUCCUGAAAGUGGCUCUAAUGUAGCUGGAUGGAGCGUUCAAAUUGAUCCCCAUAAAAAUGCGAUAGAUUAUGCUAAUGGCAUUGGCUUUAGAAACGACGACGUCUAUGCUUUAGAGGAGUUUUACAAAAAUGCCCCGUAUGACUCACUAUUCUAUAAUUUGUUUUUGGAUAGAAAAGAUUCUACUUUUGGUUUCGGGCCAUGCGUUGAGCGAGACACGGGAACUGAAGUAUUUCUCAGCGAUUCUCCUGUAAACAUUAUAAAACAGGGUAAAUACCGAAAGAUCCCCGUCCUGUAUGGAUUUGCAAAUAUGGAGGGCCUGCUGCGUUUACUUCAAUUUGAAAAUUGGCAAAAUGAAAUGAAUUCGAAUUUUACUCUGUUUUUACCUUCUGAUCUGCAAUUUGAAUCUGAGCAACAAAGGGCACAAAUUGCGAAGGCCGCCAAGAAAUUUUACUUCGGUAAUAAAGCUGUGGAAAAAGAAACCGUGAUGCAUUUUAUAGACUACUUCUCAGAUGUGAUCUUUGCGUACCCAGCGCUGAGGUCAGUGAGUUUGCAGGUGGCGUCAGGAAGCAAGUCUAUAUAUUUAUAUGAAUAUUCUUACCCCGUUGAGGUUUUUGCGUCUUACUUUAAGCCACCUGGUGAAGUUCCAGAAUACAUGUCCAAGAUCCGCGGAGCGCGCCACACAGCUCAGACGGAUGCCGUAUUCGAGUGCUCUCUGCACGUAGACAUGAAAAAUGAGGAACCUGAAGCCUACCGAAAACACAAGGAGCUUAUGAAGGAGCUGUGGUUGAACUUUAUAACUACCGGUAAGCCAGUGGGCGCAGGCGCAACAGCGGUGCCGGGCUUGGAGUCGUGGGCGCCGGCGGGCGACAACUGCUCGCCGCACGCAUCUCUAGGCGAGCGCAUGGAGGUGCGUGGAUCACUCCUAGAGGCGCGCCGUAAGUUCUGGGACGAUAUCUACGCGAAGCACUACCGCGCGCCCGCGCCGCCUCCACCGCCGCCGCCCGCCCGCCACACGGAACUCUGA